AUGACGUGUAAAAGAGUCGCCAAGGAAGCGAGAGCUGAGGCAACGGCUACGACAACUACUAGCGCAUCAGCGGCUUCCAUUCUACCAGAAACGACGACAUUUCUCGCAGUGCCCACAGCCCCCGCAGUCUCCACAGCCUCAACAGCGCAAGACACGUCUUCUGUUGCAGACGCCGGCACUAGCAGGAGAAGCAACAUCAAGAAGUGCGCCUUGAGUUUCUCCGAGGCUCCAUCCAAGCGAGGAAAGGCAUGCCCUAGUUAUGCGAGCGAGGUACAGGCUGCAGGGGCGCAACAUCCUGCACUGUUCAUUGGCCCUAAUGGACGAUUGACACCAGACCGACCUGGAAUAACAGAGCAGUCACAGAAUUACGGCCAUAUAGUGCACGACCUCAACAAAAUCAUGUCAAAGCACUUUAGCAAAUCAACCACGGUUCUACACUUUGACGGAAAGGCCUCGAUACAAAAGUCCCAGGAGCGACAAGAUCGGGCCAUAUCCCUCAGCAACCGGAUCAAGACUCUGGAGGUGCGAGUUGACAACGCCAUAGGAAAAAACAACGGUUCUUUGGGCCCCCUGUACAAGCAAUGUCGAAACGCGUACAAGACAUCCAAGGCAGCGUUGGCAGACAUAAGAAAUGGGCUGGAGACCUUGGAGUGGCACACUUGCGAAUGUCCCUUCCAAGCAGACACGCACAUUGCUGAGUUGUAUCAAGCUGAUAACAACAAAGACGACCUCGCAAUCAUUACCGCCGACAGUGAUAUGAUGGUAUAUCAAGGUGUUAGAGAAAUCACUAUACCCGUCGGAAAGUACCGAGCGCUCACCACGUACAAGAAGCCUGACCUGCUCGAGUCUCUAGACCAUGCAUGUGACCGUGAGCUGUUGCUGGCAUCAAUCAUUACUAAGAACGACUACUCCAAGGCACUCCCGUGGCACGGCUUCCAAAGAAAUAUCAAGAUCAUCCGAGAGAUGAGGACCGAGACCAGAGCAGGCGAUGGAUCGACCAUGGACGCGCCAGGAUCCAAGACGACUGAGGCUGGCAUUAUCAAGGAGCUGAUCCAGGAGUAUUUACAACGGGCGAGAGGAGGACAAAACAAGAGUGUGGACGACUACACCCACGCCAUUUCGGCUUUUGUUCAAGUGCGUGAGGACUAUCUUGACUCCGCUACGCCAUCGUGCACGACCCAUGAGAAAAUACGGAGCAUACUCCAGAAGCUCGAGAAGUGCAAGCUGCAAAGGAGAAAUAUGACUCGAGCCUCGCGGACAAAGCCUCCAGCCGACACACUCGCCAGCGACACUUCUGCAGGCUUGGCGUUUUCUUCCCCUGUCCAACGCAGCCUGCAGACGCCUGGACAGCAGACGAUUCUUCAGGUCCGACGCCGUCGCCGCAGACACAAGAAAGGGAACGCCCAGCAACGGAGAAAGCGACGUCCCAAAGGCAAAGCAAGACGUAAGAAAGUCCGGGAGGCAAAAUGGAGACGAAGCAGGUACAAGAGCAGGAACGGAGAUGCCAACUCUCGUUAUUCCCCUCAUGUUGUCAUGGACGUCAGCCACUCAUGCUCGGUCGACAAGAUCGCAUUGGAAAAGAUGUCCAUCGAGGAACCGCGCCCGCGGAAGAAGAAGGACGGAAGCAUGGAUGACAAUCCUAAGGCCGCGAGUGAAACCAAGACGAAGUUCAAGGAGGACGAGGAGAAUGGUGAAAAAGUGGAGAGGCCAGCUGGAGCUAACCUGACUAAGCACCUGUUCGGGGAGGCUUUCAAGACUGCCACAAUGACUGAAGGGUCGAUCACAGGGUGCCUGCACCGCGCCACGAAGCUGAACGUAGUCCAGACCAAGAUCGUCGCGGAACGCAUCAGCGAGGCGGUCCGCAUCAUGAGCCAAGCUCGUAUUCUCGUGUUUAAAGCGCUCGAACUUUUUCUCUACAAGGAGGUCAGCACUACCACCAUAUCUAAUUCAGAUCAAGCGCGCCCGACACCAGAUCAGAACUUGGGCACUGAUGUCAAUCAAGCGAGUGCUCCGAAAGUCCAGCACAAGGAGGAAAAGGACGCGGACCCACUUGAUCUCAUUCUGCACAAGGCACAUGGAGAAACUAUCAUCAAAAAUCUGAUCUCUUUGAUUCUGAAUGGUCCAGUAGCGCCUCGCGGGAGACCACCUAAAGGCUCGGCGGCAAUUCAGGCGAAAACAAUUGCGCGCUCGAUUUAUGACGAUUUCCUGAGCGUUCUUUCAGAUUGCGCACCGACAAAGGGCUGCCAAGAUAUACCCCUGAGCGUCAUCCAGGCGGAACUGGCGGUGAAGGUCCGGACCGCGGUUCGGGAGCAUUUCCAGAGACUGCCCAAGUUCAUUGUGAACAAGCUGAAGCGUGCUCGUUUAUUCACGGAUGAUAUUCCUCCAGUUGAGGAUGACGAGAGCUCCGAUGGCGAUAAACAGAAAGACAAGAUGUCAUUCUGCUCUUCCGGGAGGGCCCACGAACUUGCAUCAGAGAAGUAUGGGGAGCUUUUCCGACUACUGUUUAUCGGAGGCAAGGUCGAGAUCAAGACGAAUCCCCUCAAGAACCAGACUUCAUGUGGCAAGAAAACAACGACCAUGAACCGAUUGCUGAAGGACUAUCCAAACACAUACGGCCAAGCCGCACUCGAUGAGUACAUGAAGAAGGUCUUUGCAUAUCACAAGGCUAGGAAGCAAGCAGCUGCCGAAGGCACGGAGCCCCCCGCGCCCCCUGACUCCCCAAGUUCUCUCGCAAAGGCUUUCGAUCAAGACCUCCAGAAUGUUGUGGUUGUGGGGGUGGACCCCGGUGAAGUAAUUCCAGCAUCAUUUUGUGCGUUGGACCCCCGAAAACCGAACCAAGUCACGAACCUGCCUAUCAGACGCUCCGCUCUCUACAGUCCCAACUUGUCAUUCAGAGCCGCGCUGGAGGCCAAAAAACGCGAACGGGCCACUGUUACAAUCAAAGACGAUGCAGGAUUGAGUGGGGACACAUGCGAGAUGCCUAGCAUAUCGGAAUUGAAAGCCUCGCUGCCGUCAUCGUCGUUCGUAAGCAUGGAAGAAACCGGCAUGGCCUCCGACAGUUCAGCUAUGUCCUACAACCACUUCGCGAUUUUUACGGAUCCCGUUCGAUGAAAAAAAAGCUGUGGGAGCUCAAAAUGGCGAACCGGGCAGAGAAGGAUCAUGCCGUGCAUGGGCAUUGCGAACUGUGGACCCACAAGGCGGG